ACCACAAGUUCAUGUAUUUAUAAAACCCUAACGAUCAAUUUGGGAAGCGGGUAAAGGCCGCUCGUUUAGGGUUUUUGAGUUUUACUGCUAACAGAGAGCAAAGGAAAACGCCCACACUGUCGGAAAAAUGCCCAAAUCAAAGCGCGACAGACCAGUUACAUUAUCGAAGACAAAGAAGAAGGGAAGGGAACAUAAAGAGGCUAUAGUAAAUGCUAUAAGACAGGCUGUGGAAGAUUACAGUUCGAUCUAUGUGUUCAAAUUUGAAAACAUGAGAAAUCUAAAAUUCAAAGAGUUCAGAGAAAAGAUGAAAUCUACAAGCCGAUUUUUCCUUGGGUCAAACAAAGUCAUGCAAGUUUCUUUAGGAAGAUCUGCUGCUGACGAGAUGAGACCGGGCAUUUACAAAGUGUCUAAGCUGUUGCGAGGAGAUGCUGGGCUUUGCUUUACCAAUUUGGCAAAAGAAGAGGUUGAAAGGUUAUUUAAUGAAUAUGAAGAUUAUGAUUUUGGAAGAACAGGCAGCAUUGCAACAGAAAAGGUGGAGCUCAAGGAAGGUCCUUUGGACCAGUUCUCUCAUGAGAUGGAACCAUUCCUACGUAAACAAGGGAUGCCAGUCCGUUUAAAUAAAGGUGUUGUGGAGCUUGUUGCAGACUAUGUUGUUUGUGAAGAGGGAAAGCCUUUGUCACCAGAGGCAGCUCGCAUACUGCGGUUAUUGGGGAUCAAGAUGGCCACAUUCCGACUUCACUUGAUUUGCAGAUGGAGCCCUAGUGAUUUCGAACUCUAUAUCGAUGCACCAGGAGAUUCAGAUGUUGAAUCCUCUUGAUAAUCAAGUUGAUGAAUCACAUUUGGAGUCUGAUUAGGUUGUGAUAGAGGGUUAAAUUAAAAGAAGAGUUUAUGCGACAAGGGUUUUAGCUUUUACUGGGAGAGAUGUAAUGUUGUAUCAAGAACUGCAGAGAUGGCAAUGCAGUUCGAUGCUGAGUUCAUUUUUUCGUUCAGCCAUCAUUAUUUGUUAACAUAUUGCGCCUAAGUUUUGGCUCCAUCUGUUUUUGACUAAUUCUGGUUAUGUAAAAUUUUAAAUAUUUCUCUAAAA